AUGAGCCGGCGGGCGGGGGGCGCUCGGCUGCUCGGUGGCCUCCUGCUCUGUUCUCUGCUCGCCGCCGGCGCCGCUCCUCUCAGCUGGGACCUUCCCGAGCCCCGGAGCCGAGCCAACAAGAUCCGAGUGCAACCGCGGGGCAACCUCUGGGCCACCGGUCACUUCAUGGGCAAGAAGAGUCUGGAUCCCCUCAGCAUGUCCCCACUGGGGUCCACUCCUCACAUCUCCCUGGGGGACCAACGACAGCAGCUGAGUCAUGAUCUGUUCAGGAUCCUCCAGUUAAAGAAGGCUUUGGGCAUGAGCGUUGGCAGUGGAGGACCCCACGCCCAGGAGGCCGCUGGUGCACAUACUGCAGAAAUGAUGCAGAUAAUGGGACAGACACAACGCCACAGCUUCAACUGUGUCCUCCCAGGCAAGGUGCCUAAUGGCACCCUGAUAAUGGCCGCAUCUGGAUGCAGAUCCCGGGAUCGGAACUCUCCAACUCCAUUACUAUUCUACGUCAUCUGCGUAGAGCUUUUGGCCCAGAGCCUCGGAGCUCUCCCAGCCCCGGAGCUCGGCUAUCCUUCAACGCCCCACCCUCUGAAUGAAGACCACGCCCACCGGCUCGGAGCAGGCCGCACCCACUCCUCGCGAGAGAGCCGUGCCUUCCAGGAAGGUUCGCAAGCGGAAGUAGCAGGCCGGAAGUGA